AUGGAGGAAACAUCCAAGACCAAGCGGGUUCGGCGAAGAAAGCCUCGCUGUUCAGGAUGCAAGCUGUACAACUCAGAGUGCACAUACACUGGCCCCACGAGAGCUCCAGCAGUCAAGCCGAACCAUGUCAAGAAGAUCGAGAUGCUGGAAGCGCGGCUUGCGCAACUCGAGGCUCAAAAAGGGCAACCCCAGUCCAUGACUGUCAAGCAUGUGUCCAUGUCUCCCAUCGCUGGGGUUGAAUUGAGUUCAGCACUGCAGACAUUCUCUAGCUCCGAUGAAGAGCAGUUUUGGGGGCUAGGAGCUGGGUCGAUAUCCAAUGAAACCCCGAGCUACUCUACCGACCACGACAGCGUACAAGUACCGGGCAACGACUCUAGGACACUCCCACCGCUGCGAGUAGUCCUCCCAAUCGUCGAAGACUACUUUGAGAAGUCAAACAAAGUUCUACCACUUUUUGACAAAAACGUCUUCAUGAAGAUGCUACGUGUGUGGUACACAUACCCUGCAUACCGCAAGACAGACGCCUGGGCAGCUGUCAACAUCGUUCUUGCUCUAGCUCAGAGGCAUUCGUAUGCUUCGAGUCCGACAGACACACAACACAUGCAACGAUACAUCAACAAUGUGCAAUCAGUCAUCAACGAGCUGGUCGUCAGCGAACCCAAUCUUCUGGCGCUUCAAGUUGUGCUGGGCCUGGUCCUCGUGUUUCACGGCUCAUCCGAUGUCCGACCUGCCGCGAUGAUCAUUGCCACUGCGAUGCGUCUCGUUCACGGCCUCAGACUUUAUACCAAGAAUCUGCGCCCCGAAGAUGAGUAUGAUGCGGCCGAAAUACUUCAAAGGAACAGAGUCUUUUGGAUCGCAUAUAUCCUGGACCGGGAUUGCGCCAUGAGAACGAGCUCGCCGGCCAUCCACCAAGAUGCAGACAUCGAUGUAGAUCUCCCCGAAAUGCACCCACCCGACAAGGCAGGAAUCAUCAUUGGUUUCUUGGGGCAAGAAUUCAACUACUUCCGGACCCGAGUGCAGCUUGCUUACAUCCAAGGCAAGCUUUACUCGAUGCUCCUGUCCGUCAGAGCCCUGAAACUCCCGGAUCGCGAAAGAACCCAAAACAUGAUCCGACUGCGAGAGAUGCUCGAGAACUGGGAGAAGUCGAUCCCGGAGGAGUUUAUGGCGCAAAGCGUGGUCGGCAUUGUGUCAACGGAGUACAUGCGGUACCUCUGCCUGCUGCACUACACGCAGUUGCAGUUGGUUGCGACAACGCACUAUGCGGACUCCCAUCAUCUCGAGUGGCUACAAGAAGUUUUGAAUUGCAGCAAAAGGCAAGCUCCGCAAGUCCUUCCCGAAGCUUUCGCGCUACAGCUGCCGGAUUGCUGGGAGAAGCUGGUUGAGGAGGCGAGGACCUGCAUGCAUCUCUAUGCUGCGACGCCUGAGAAUGAUUCAGCUCUGACUUGGUUGGUGUCCUGUGGUUACUUGACAAGCAUCAUGUUCAUCACGGUCAACAACCUAGCAAACCCCGACCACCCAUGCCGACUUACCGACCAGAGCAAUGUGGAAUCUGCACUGCUGUUGUUAGAAAGGCUGAUCAAGGCCACCGAUGACUACCGGCUGAAGAAGAUCCACGGUGCCUGCAAGGAGCUGAACGAGAAAGCAAGAAAGGCCCUGAGUCCUCCGCCCUCGACUAACUUCUUCGACCCACCUGGCUUAGAGUUUGGAGACGAGGACCCAUUGGACGAAGGACGGUGGGACUUGAUGGAUAGUUCGUUCUGGGCUACUGGUGACUUUGCGACGGCAAAUUGA